GGACCGGUAUAAAGCAGAAGGCGCCUGCGCCCGCUCCACCUCUCUCAGCGCCGGCCUGAGGCUGAUCGGCCCCUUCCCCACCCGGUUCACCACCAUGACACCAGGCUUCCAGGCCCCCUUCCUCCUCCUGCUGCUACUCUUCCUGGUGCUUACAGCCUAUAGCAACUCACUAAAUACUGCCGGCCCCCAAGACACCCCGUCCCUGGCCACCAGCCUGACCUCAAGCCCGGCCACCACUCCACCGCACCAAGGUGCCCUAUCCUGGGCCACCAACCCGGCCACCGCUCUGCUGCACCAAGGCACCACAUCCCCCGCCACCAGCAUGGCCUCAAGCCCGACCACCACUCCGCCGCACCAAGGCACCCCAUCCCCGGCCACUGCUCCACCGCAUGAAGGCACCCUGUUCCCCACCACCAGCCCAGCCACCACUCCGCCGCACCAAGGCACCACGUCCCCAGCCACCGGCCCGGCCACCGCUCCGCCGCACCAAGGCACCCCGUCCCCAGCCACCGGCCCGGCCACCGCUCCGCCGCACCAAGGCACCCCGUCCCCAGCCACCGGCCCGGCCACCGCUCCGCCGCACCAAGGCACCACGUCCCCUGCCACCGGCCCGGCCACUGCUCUGCCGCACCAAGGCACCACGUCCCCGGCCACUGCUCCGCCACACGAAGGCACCCUGUUCCCCACCACCAGCCCUGCCUCAAGCCCGGCCACCGCUCCACCGCACCAAAGCUCCCCGUCCCCGGCCACCAGCCCGGCCUCAAGCCCCGCCACCCCUCCUCACCAAGGCACCCUGUCCCUGGCCACCAGCCCGGCCUCAAGCCCAGCCACCGCUGUGUCACACAAGGCCAUCUCUGCCAAGACUUCCAUAACCCCAGUUGACAAGAGCACUCCAUCCUCAGUUCCGAGCCACUACUCAGAUACUCCAACCACCCCUGCCAGACACGGUACUAGGACUACUUCCAGCAGCACUAAGCACAGCUUAGUACCUUCCACCUCCACUCAUAGGACUUCUACCCAGUUGUCUAUUAGGAUCUCCUUCUUUUCUCUAUAUUUUUACAUUUUGAACUGGCAGUUUAACUCUUCCCUGGAAGAUCCCAGCACCAACUACUAUCAGAAGCUGCAGAGAAACAUUUCUGAAUUGUUUUUGCAGAUUUACAAACAAGAAGGUUUUCUGGGACUCUCUAGUAUCAAGUUCAGGCCAGGAUCUGUGGUGGUAGAAUCAGCUCUGGCCUUCCGAGAGGGUAUCACCAGUGCCAACAUCGUGCAGACACAUCUUGUCCAGAGUGCAGCAGAAGCAGCCAGAUAUGACCUGGUCAUCUCAAACAUUAGCGUGAAUGACAUGCUAUUUCCUUCUGCCCAGUCUGGGUCUGAAGUUCCAGGCUGGGGCAUCGCCCUGCUGGUGUUGGUCUGUGUUCUGGUUCUGCUGGCCAUCAUCUAUCUCAUUGCCCUGGCUGUGUGUCAGUGCUACCGAAAGAAGUGUGGGCAGCUGGACAUCUUUCCAACUCGUGACGCCUACCAUCCCAUGAGCGAGUACCCCACCUACCACACCCAUGGGCGCUACGUGCCCCCUGGCAGUACCAGACGGAGACCCUAUGAGGAGGUUUCUGCAGGCAACGGUGGAAGCAGCCUCUCUUACACAAAUCUAGCAGCCACUUCAGCCAACUUGUAGGGGCACAUGGCCUGCUGAGCAUCCAGCCAGCGCCAGCUGCCUCCCUAGGAUCUUCACUGCCAGAUCCCCCACAGCCCCCCGUUUGGGCUGGUGAGCUGGGAAUUCAGGAGGGCUGCUCACAGGCCCCACCAAGCCCCCUAACCCAUCUCAGCCCUGGUGAAGCCCAUGCCCUGGAGGACCGGCCCAGAAAGCCCUGGGAUGAGAGUGGGAACCUGAACAUAGCUGAAUAAAAUGUGGGCCUCCUCUGCUCUGACUGCCAA